UUGUAGAACUAAUAUCAAAAAUAAAUAAAGAUAAUUCAUCAAAAAAGCCUGCAUCAUUCAGUGAACUAUAACCACUCCCACUGCUUUCAUACACAGCGUCUUGCACUAUAUAAAUCAAAGCAGACAGUCAGCUCUAUAAAUAAUCAUUCGUAUCAAUGGUAUUAUUUUCCAUGAACGCAUAAAGACAUUUUGAAAAUGAGGAUUGGAGCGAGGGUCAGCGUGUUAUUUAUUAUUGGUAUCAUAGUGUACAGUGUGGUGAACGUGUCGUUUAUCAGACCAGAGAGGAAUAAUGACAGCACAUUACAGAAGCCAGAGGAGAUAGAGCUUUUUCAAAGGCUAAAGAGGAUAGAAGAUGAAGUUCAUGAAAUAGCCAUUAACAUCAAAAACCAAAAUGUCAAAGAGGCUGUUGUGAAACAGAAAAUCACUAAGAAAACUGAGGUGAAGAAGUUAUAUCCGAAGUCAGCUCUUUUCAAAACCUGGGGAGCUGAACUGACAGAAGAGGAACAGAUGGAAGCAGAGAAACUGUUUCAGGAGUUUGGAUACAAUGUUUUCCUCAGUAACAGAUUACCAUUGAACAGAACAAUCCCUGAUACUCGAGAUCCCAGAUGUUCUCUGAAGAUCUAUCCGAAGGACUUGCCAACCAUUAGUGUGAUUCUGAUUUAUCUGAAUGAGGCUCUGUCAGUCAUUAAAAGAGCCGUUCAGAGCAUCAUUGACAAAACUCCUGCUCAUCUGCUUAAGGAGAUUGUCCUGGUAGAUGACAACAGCUCUAAUGAGGAUCUGAAAUUGCCUUUAGACAAAUAUAUUGAUCUAAUUAACAAAGGCAAACCUGGUUUGAUCAAGAAAGUGCGACACAAAAAGCAGAUGGGUCUCGCCAAGGCAAGAAUGUCAGGCUGGGAAGCCGCCACAGGUCAAGUGGUCGCCAUUCUGGAUGCCCACAUUGAAGUUCAUAAAGAAUGGGCAGAGCCACUACUUGCACAAAUUAAAGCAAACAGGACAACUGUAUUGUCACCAGUGUUCGACAAAGUGCUUUUUGACACACUGGAGGUUAUUAAGUAUAAUCCUGCUGCUCAUGCAUUUGAUUGGAGCCUUUGGUGCAUGUACGAGCGCUUCCGGCCAGAAUGGUACAAACUCAAAGACCCAUCAGAACCAGGGAAGAGUCCUUCAGUCAUGGGUAUCCUUGUCGCUGACCGUGAGUUCCUGGGAGAAAUUGGAGUUCUGGAUGAAGGAAUGACAAUUUAUGGUGGUGAAAAUGUUGAACUAGGCAUACGUGUCUGGCUCUGUGGUGGGAGUGUCGAAGUGGUGCCAUGUUCAAAGAUUGCGCAUGUUGAAAGAGCACAUAAGCCUUAUUCACCAGAUCUCAGCAAACUCAUGAUACGAAAUGCAUUGAGAGUGGCUGAAAUCUGGAUGGAUGAAUAUAAAUCCAAUGUGAAUAUCGCCUGGAAUCUGCCUCUGAAGGAUCAUGGGAUUGAUAUUGGUAAUGUGACUGAAAGAAAACAGUUACGUGAGAAACUCAAAUGUAAGCCCUUCAAAUGGUAUCUGGAAAAUGUAUAUCCUCUGCUCGACAGAUGGGACGACAUACUGGGUUAUGGUGUGUUGAAGAAUGACAUUCUUAAAACUCACUGCAUUGAUCAAGGACCUGUUCCUGGAAGUGUACCUGUUCUCUUUGGGUGUCAUUACUACGGCCCUCAGCGUUGUUACUACAAACGUACUGGAGAGAUUUAUGUUGGCAGCAUUAAAUCUCACACUUAUAACUCUAAUCGUUGUCUGACGGAUCCUGGUAGUGGAAGCACUGUGACUUUAUAUAACUGUAAAUAUGCCAAGGAGAAAGGAUUUAGUAUUUACUGGGACUUCACUCAGGGAAAAGAAAUAAGAAACAAAAAGACAAACCGAUGUAUUGAAUUAGCACAAGGACAGGAUACAUACUAUUAUCUAGUUUUGCAAGCAUGCACUGGACAAGAAUGGACAAUUCAACAUGCCUUUGAAGAACUAAAGGGGAAUUUCACUGAAGUGAAAGCAACGAAGUGAAUGUAGAACUUGAAAACAAAAUGUAUGUGAGUAUGAAAAAAUGAAUAUGUCAGUGCAUAUGUGGGAUACAUUUGAUAAGAAUUUUAAGCAUCACAUUUAUCAUAUUCUUAUAAUUAACUUAUCUUAUAUUGGUGAAUGUGUGCAGCAGAAAUUACACCCCUGACCUGUUUUUUGGUGGAAAUACUUUUGCACAGUACUGUGUGUAGGCAUGGGAUGGUAACUCGUUUCAAGGUUUACCAGUUUGGAAAACAUUCUGUUAUACCAUUCCUAAGGUAUAUGUAAGGUUUUUU